AUGAUCUUACAAGACGUGCAAGAGUCUUGUGCUGCCCUUCAGAAGGAGAUAGCUCGCCUGGCAAAUAGUCCGCAACAGCAACAAAUUGUUGCAAGACAGGCAAAAAGUCACCAGAAUGCUCUAUCAAAGGCUGAAAAGGAGGCUGAAAAGAUUCGCAGAGACCGUCAGAAAGUUCAAGCGUACACGAAGGAGAUUAUUGGCGGUGUUAUGAAUGGAAUCGCUGCAAGUGCAGUUGCUGGCGUUAUGGGUGGCCUUAUGUGUAUUGUGAUGUAG